GGAAAGACGUAAACAACAUGACGAGAGCCUUUGUUUUACUUGGAUUUUAAUAUGAGGGUAAUGAGGCCAAUAUUUCGAAGCAAUGAGAGAAGAUCUUAGUUCACCCAGGCAGAUGAUCCUAUAGCUUUUCUUGUUUUAUCUUUAUUGCGUUUUACUGACCAAAAUACAAAGAACGUUGCGUGUAUAAAAGGUCUGGGAAUCGAGUCCAUUUUGUGUGUCGACUAAAUGUGCUGUCUUGACAUCAAAAUUUGUUAGGCUAGUCUGCCUGGACAUCGUUGAUACUGCAUAUAUUUCAUUAUUUUCAAAGGUAAGGGCCUUUAUGUCUUAUUUUUACGGUUAGAAAGCGAAUUUGGCGAAUAUAAUUUCGAAGAUAUGUGUGUAAUAGCUGUAUAUCUUCGAAGCCUAUAAAUUUUUGCUUUGUAUAUAUUAAAAUAGAUGUUUGGCAUUCUAAGAUUCUAAAGCACGAAGCUGCAUGCGCAAUGUCCGAUAAUUGUUACUUGAACGGUGAAAUAUACAAGAGUGUUCGGAUAAUUGCUACCUGAAUGGUGAAAUAUACAAGGUUGUUCGUUGCUUUAUUCUGUAAAAGAGGUUUUCGCUUCAUAGUAUCAGUAUCGGCUCAGACUUGGACGUACAGUAUAACUUUUCCUAUGCUGGACGCUUCGCUGAUUGAUUCCAUGUCUUGUUCUAAUAGCGUCAAUAUACUAGACAAUUUGUCUUCGAUAUAUAAAAAGAAGCACAAAAGAAAUAAGUUCCACUGAAAUUGACAAGAUUGCAAAAUGAGUUACUGUUAAUAGUUGCUGUUGAAUUCGAUGUUCUCUGAUAAAUUUUUGUGUCAAUUUCACCAUAUUUAUUUAUCAUUGUCUUGCGUUUUUGCUUCAUGAAUAUCUUAUUAGAUGAAAUUUCGGCCAAACCACCAGCUCUUUUGUUAACAUUUAUCUCCUUUGAAACGUGGCUGCCUUAUGUUUUGAUAAAUUACGGAUUAUCAUAGAGCAUUUAAUUGUAUUUAACACUCACAAUUCUGCUUUUUAGUGCUUCGAAUAUUCGCCAUUCCACAUGGGAACGGAGCUGGUCGGAAAGACUGCCAAUUAUGUGGCCUUUGUUGUAUGUAGUAUCUUGUCCAUUUUAUAGAAACAAGUAAUAUUAUAAAACUGUUCGACCAAAAAUUUUAAUCAGAUCGGAAUGGAAAAACCGCGAAGCAAAAAUCUCGUUGAGCUGGCCUCACACGACGAAUAUUUUUUACUUGCCUAUUUUUAAGAGGGAACAGUUUUUAAUAUUAAUUCACAAAGGGAUUUUAAUUCAAAGCCAAGGAUGGGAAAACAUUGUAAACAUGGCAGCGAAAGACGUAAAGACGAAAAGAAAUUAAACUCAGAUAAUAGCGAGGGCGACUAUAAAUUGGUACAACAUGAAACUCUUUGUUCCCCAACCUCCCGUUCAAGAUAUGAAGUGUUAGAAUUUCUGGGCCGUGGGACAUUUGGCCAAGUGGUCAAAUGCUGGAAACAAGGCACAGACGAGUGUGUAGCUAUAAAAAUUUUGAAAAAUCACCCAUCGUAUGUGCGGCAAGGCCAAGUUGAAAUCAGUAUUUUGGCACGGUUGCGUGCGGAAAAUUCUGAAGCAUACAAUUUUGUUCGGGCAAUCGAAUACUUUCAACACAAAGGACACACAUGUUUGGUAUUUGAAAUGCUAAAACAAAACUUGUAUGAUUACCUGAAGCAAUCCAAAUUCAGCCCCAUGCCCCUAAGGAGAAUCCGACCUAUCAUUCAGCAGGUUUUAAUGGCUCUAUCGAAACUCAAGUCUCUUGGGCUUAUACAUGCUGAUUUGAAACCAGAAAAUAUCAUGCUGGUUGACCCUGAUAAGUUUCCAUUGCGAGUGAAAGUUAUCGACUUUGGUUCAGCAACGCAUGUCUCCAAUACUGUUUGUUCAACAUAUCUUCAAAGCAGAUACUAUAGGUGAGUGAAUGUUCUGAUGUCUUAUUGUAAUGCAGGAAUAGAUCCAGCCAGAUCUGGCACUGGCACUCAAUGGGUUUAUCAGACUCUCUGCCCAUGUGUCUAGUUAACCCAUUAAAUUGCAUUGUGCCCUACCCCUAAUGUAUCAUUAGUUAGAAAGGCAAUUACAAGAACAAAAAAUAGAGACAAAAUGGGAAAGCUACAUGAUAGUGAAAUUGUCAAAGCAAGACUACAGACUAGUGCCUAACUUCAAUAGUCAUAGCCUUAACCGUGACCAAAGCUUGAUGAGCCCCAUCUGCUCUUCUCUUGACAGGUGAAAUUGUCUGGCGUUAGACUGAGUAAACUUUAAUGAAGUAGAGUGAAUUAGGAGUAGGGUGCGAUGCAAUUUAAUGAGUUAAUAAAGACAAUGCUUAUCCAGUAACAACUUGGCCUACUUUAUUAUUUGUCUAACGCCAGAUGAUCUAGCUCACUUGUCAAGGACUCAACACUGGCACUCAAUUUUAGUGAUGCACCAAUAUUCUGAUAUAUGAUAUUGAAGGGCCAAUAUUUUGCCGAUACUGAUAUUUUAUGUCAUUUCACAAAAUUCAAAGAUGACAUCAUGACAGUUCUACUUUAAUUCGAAUUUAAUUCAAUUCAUUUGUUUCCAAAGAAAAUAUCAUGCAACAAACUAGUGUAUUGUAUAGUGUUUCUGCUUUUAGAUUUUAAUUUUCAAUACUUUCAAAUCAAAACUUUGAUAUUUUCGUAAUUUUUAGGUGUAAAAAAUUCUUUAUCUAGUUUCCUUAGAUAUCAGUAAGAUCAACAACAAAAUUACCGAUACUGAUAUUUCUAUUUUAGUACCGAUAAGCUGAUACCGAUACACCAAUAUGGAUAUUGGUGCGUCACUACUCAAUUUACCCAGACCUUGAUCAUUUGACGUGUAAAAACCCACAAAUUCAAUAACUGUUUUAUUAUAUACAUUGCAUCAUUAAACUCCUUUCACAAGCAAUGAUUUGACCACAGGGGGCCCCACUAUGAGUUAUGAUUGAAAUAGUAUUGUAUUUAUUUAAAAAAACUUACUUGAAUCCCUUGAUAAUCGAUUAUUUCUUCUCUCGAAGUUCUGUAAACAUUUUAAACUGCUUUGAGUCAUUAUACUAUCACCCUACAUGACGUUUCACGAAGUACAGAUGAUCGCUGACAAGUAAGGACCAUGUAGGGUGAUAGUAUAAUGACUCAAAGCAGUUUAAAAUGUUUACAGAACUUCGAGAGAAGAAAUAAUCGAUUAUCAAGGGAUUCAAGUAAGUUUUUUUAAAUAAAUACAAUACUAUUUCAAUCAUAACUCAUAGUGGGGCCCCCUGUGAUUUGACACACAAAAAAAUGUUUUGUUCUCAAUUAAAGUGAGCAGUGAAACUGAUUUAAAAUAUCACAAUAUUAGAAAACUUGUUUUUUUUCUUGUUUUUAUUUGUAUUUUAUAUUGGUUUUAUUCAUGUGUUAUAUUGCAUGUCUUUGACUUUGUUUUAUUCAUUUUAUAACAACCUGUCAAUUGCUAUAAAAUUACAGACCACUGCACUGUUUCAACCUUCAGAUAUCACACUGUAUAAUUAUAAUACAUUGUAAAAUAAUAAUCUUUAUUAUAUCAUGACACAAUUUGCAUUUAAAGCAUACAGUUUGUGUGGUCAUGUCUAACUUAUACUAAGCCCAAACAACAAAAUUAUUGGCUUAAUUUUUUAUGUGUUCUCACACUUUGGUGACAUCCAUCACCCUGACCUGAAAUUUUGUCAGGUCAGACUUGAAAUUUUGUCUCUAUCAAUGGAAAGAUCUGGUCUACAUUUCUCAAAUAUUUAGCAAAAAUGGAUCUCAUUUUAAUUUUAUCUAAAUUUUCCGGUCAGAUAGGUCCAUUGAGCUUGGUAAGAUUGCAAUGCAAAACGCGGACACUGAUCCUUUUGAGCUAUUCAAAUAAUAUGAUAAAUACAUGUAUUAGAAAGUAUCAAAUCCAAACUGUUUUUUGCUUAUCAAAUGAAAAAUGGAUUGCAUGAGGAAAUUGGCCCUGUAGCACCCAGGCUAGUACUGUACCAGUAAUGUUAAAAUAGUUUUUCUUACCCAUUGACCCCACCAACAAGUGUUUGUAGAUGUUUGAUGCCAGUCCGACAGACAGAACCACAAUGAAUACCUAUUGGCUAUUGCUAUUCCAUACACCAGCCCUAUUUAUGCCAAGCUGGCCUAAAAUACUCUUGUGGCACAAAACUAUUCCAGAGUACCAUUGUCCCAGGGGCAAGUUUUCUAGGAAUAUUGUGUUGUCACAGUGAUAGGUUGGGAUAACAACUGAAAACAACAACAAAUCAAUCAGUUAUUUGUACCCAACUCAUCAGUCCACAAGACCAUUGAUGAGUAAAAUUGUCUGGUGUUAGACAGAGUAAAUUAAUAAAGUGGGGUGCAUUACAGCUUAAUGCAUGGGUUAACAUUGGCAAUAAGGAGCUCAUAAUCAAGUAUUUCACAAGAAAAAUAUUCUGCUUUUAACCCAGUAAUGUGCAGGUCCCUCCCCUUGACAAGUAAGAUGGUCUGGACAGAGUAAAAUAAUAAAGCCGGUUGCAUUUGGGUGCGCAUUGCAGCCGGUGAGCUCCAUAUAUAUGUAUCUGGAGCAAUGACUUCAGUCCAUAGAAAUAUUAGACCUAGAAUGCGUGCUUGGUCACGUGACCGGUGUCCAAACUGAAAACAAAAAUGCCCUUAUAAAUCCGCCAUGUUCAAUUUGAGUAGGAGUGCAAACUACAAAGUAUAAACAAAACUAAAACUAUAAAGUUUUCAUCGUCAAAACGUUUGGUGUUUGUAGUUUGGGGAUAGAAUUUGAAAUAUUAAGUUCUUUAAAGGCUCAAAGCAAAUGCGCCGUUACAAAAACGGUGAAAAUCGAGCAGCCUUGUAUAAAAAACAAGUAGUUUUUUUGUGUAGUUUCGCGUAUAAAAUAUAACUUACUCAUAAAACAUUUUUGCAAGCUCUGAACGUAACUGUUUUGCUAAUACUUUAUAAAAUUACGAGAUGAUAGUUCAUUCUUCGUCGGGUUUUGUUUUUCUUCAAUCUAAACGAAGUGUUUUCAUGUUUUUGAAACAAAAAUAUUUCAGUUGUUGAUAUUUAAAACUGUAAAGCGCCUAAAUGAUCGUCGAAAACAUAUGGUUUCAAAAGCGUUGCCUCAAGCUCAAGCAACGUAUAAAAAGUAGUUGUGUAAGUUUAAAAAGAUUAUUGAACUCUAUUUAUAUUAUAAAACAGUUGAAAUAUAUUUUUUAAAACAUACCUCUUGAGUUUCAGUUUGUCUUGAUUGUUCGUGUUUUGUUUUGGCUUGCACAACAACGUUGAAAAUGUAUUUUGAAACGACGAUUUCUCUAUAUAUUCUGUUCAGAACUAUUGCUCUUCGUAAAAAAACCCAUGGGAAUGGGUUUUUCUCCAUUAAAAACACUUUUUUCCACUUCAAGUCUGGAUAGAAUUGUUUUUGCAAACUUUGUUGAAAAAAAACAAUUCCGGCACUCCCGGCACCGCGCGAAAUUCCACGCCACAGGAGUCUGGGACUAGCCAAAAUGCCCUUAUAAAUCCGCCAUUUUGUGGAGACAAAAUUUUUACUGAGAAGAGAUAGGAGCACGCAUUCUAUGUCUAUUAUUUCUAUGCUUCAGUCGUUCGACUCGAUGGCGGCCAUUUACGUCCAAUAGCUCUGAAGGUCGUAAACAGCUCUUAUACCAUUUCCCCCAGCUAAUGCCAGUUUUUUCUAACGGACCGUAUCGCUAACCAAGUUUCAUAAAACCAUAGUGUCAUUCUUUAAGUCAAUGUGAAAAUACAAAAUGUCGGCAGACUUCUUACCAAGAUGGCGGAAAUUGAAGAAUGAAGGAGCUGUUGGACAUCAGUUCCAGUCUGCAGUUAACACGAAGCUGGCUUCACGUUUUGCACUCGAGUUCUCGCUCCGAAUAUAUACAGUAUGAAUUUCAAGGAUUUCAAGUUUUUUUCUCAUGGGCCAGGGACGUGCUGGGGUCUUAAAAAAAGACAACGAAUGAGCAACGUCUGAUAGGGCCCAGGCGCAGUGAACGAUAGCUCAAUAUUAAUAUUUUUUCCAUAUUUUUUCCGUAAAUGGUAAAUUUUUUCCGGGCAUACUGUAUAUCGUAACUUUUCGGUCCCAACAUUACGAAAAUUCUUCCGUAAUAUACUAAUAUUUUCGUGAAUUUUGAUUUUUACAAUUAAAACUGUAAUAUCUUAAUCUUGAUUUUGAAAAUUAAAAUCUCAAUGUUUGAAAAAAUUUCAAUGUCUUGAUUUUAGGGGCGCAUGAUCGCAAGGGCCCACAACGAGUUCUCGUUGGCUCAUCCCUAGCCAGCACGCCCCUGUCAUGGGCUAUGCACAGAGAAGCAGAACAUCCUCCUUCAACACAUGCAUGAAAAAAAUUUUUUAUUUUGACCAAUAAAUGUGGAAAUAAGCUUUAACACGAAAACGAGGCUCCAGGUCAUGACCUGGAUCCUCGUUUUCGUGUUAAUGCUUAUUUCCAUAUUUUUUUAUCAAAAUCCAAAUUUUUUUCAUGCAUGUGUUGAAGUAGGAUGUUCUGCUUCUCUGUGCAUAGCCCAUGAGAAAAGAACUUGAAAUCCUUUCCAUUUAAGGUGGUCCUAAGUUGAAAACAGUGUAGUUGUGACGUAAUUAUCGAAAGGGUGUUUUGCAGCAUAAUGCAGUGAUGGGUUAAAAUAUAAAACUGAGAAUCAACAUUUAUUAUCAAGACCGUGGAUGUUCCUCCCACCUGCGAAACGUGUCAUGUUUUCGUGUCAAAACAAUCAAGAAUGUGACAACAUUGUGCGGGAGAAAGCAUGCAUCUGUGGUUUUGCUAAUAUAUGAUAGGACGACAUUAACAGAGGGUGAAUUUCUACUUGAGGGAUAUUCAGAACGAGAAAUUCCAGGAUUUUAACCAGUAUAAAUAUGUUAUUGACUGAGCGAGAGGUCCGGACUGUAGGAUAAUUAACAGUUAUUCUACGAACUCGAGUCGAAUAUGAGCUGAUAGCCGAUGAGGCGCGUAGCGCCGAAUCGGCUAUCGCUCAUAUUCGUCGAGAGUGAGUGGAAUAACUGUUUUAUUAUAUACACAAGGUUUGAAUUCACAGACUUUGCUUUUCGGAUAUUUUCAAUAUUUUUCUAUUUUGUGUAUGUUUUUAUCUUCGCUCUUUCGGCCGAUUAUUUCUUCAAAAAUAUAUAUUUUUAACCAUUUUAAAUUUUAAAAAUUCAUUUGCUAACCUGUAAACAAUUUGUGCGAGUUUUUUCAUUGUGUUUUUAAUCCUGUAAAGGCUAUAAAAAGCGAACAACUUGCCGUUUUCUCGUUCGCAAAAAUCGGAAAUUCAGUUUGAGCCGCCAUUUUGUUUUUCUCUACUGUACAUGCAGGCAGUCAAUAUUUCGCCGUUUUUACAUACGCCGGCUAAUGUUUACUUGGCAUAUACUAAAUGUAUCCCUAUUCAUAAUAUUACAAUUUAUUUCAGGGCACCAGAAGUCAUUCUUGGUUUGCAAUUUAAUGAAGCCAUUGACAUGUGGUCUCUUGGAUGUGUUAUGGCGGAAUUGUUUCUUGGUUGGCCAUUAUAUCCUGGAUCUUCUGAAUAUGAUCAGGUAGUUAGAAUUUCUAAAAUAUAUCUUAUGACAGGAAUUCUUAAAACAACCAAAGCUAUUUUAGAAAUGUUAAUUUCUUCCAUAAGAAAUCCUGAAAGAUUUCGUAUAUUUAUUAUGGUUGGGUUACAUUGGUCAAGCGAGAAGUUGGAUCAGAUGUUGGAUCAGUGGCCAUCGAGGCUCGGCAACGAAAGCACGCUUGCCACGCAUCGCCGUAAAAAUCUUCUAGACCAAUCGAGCGAACCAUAUAGUUUUGACUGUUGUCAAUGUUGAAGUGUAUCCUGUCGGAUACGUAAACCCAAUGGAUUUAAAAUAAAUCUUUAACUGUGAGCUACAGGUGCUGACCAAUCUGAAGACACAUGUAGUGACUACAAUGUAUAACAACAUCAAAUACGUGCAUGUAUACUAGGUAAUCCCUGAUAAAGCAACGGAGUCGAGUUAGCGAGCAGUUCGAGAUAACCGAGUAAAAAUAAUUGAAAUCGUAUGAGCAAAUCCACGGGAAAUGGAUUUAAGUUCAAGAUUGCGGGGUUUUUGAGACAAGCGAGGUCGAAGUAGCGGCGUGCUACUUUAUACAUUUCAAUUUAAAAUGCCUGUCACUUUUAAUUAACAUACAGUAACAUUCAUUCUCAAGUGAACAAACUAAUCCAAUAUUAUUUUUAAGUGAAAAUCUUUUUAAUUAAGUUAUUCAUAGCCUGCGUAUAGCGUCUCUCAGGGAAAGUAGAGCCUGCACGAGAUCUACUGUUUUGCCAUUCACCGCCCACUUAGCCUGCGGGCUACGCCCACUUUUAACAGUUGUCAAAAUUGGCCAAUCACACAGAUCGUUUACGUUUGCAAAUUUACCUGUCAAAAUGAAAUAAUAUUGAUUGCUUUACGUUUGCAAAUUUCAAAACGAAAUAAUAUACGGAUUACGGAUGUCGGCUAAAGAAAAUUGAAGUCUGUGGGAAUAGUGCUAGAGCAGUCUUCAUCAUCGCCACAAAUAGUUUGCAGUCCGUGUGCGAGAAAACUACAAAAUCUCGUGAAUACGUACAAAUUAGUUUCGACAGCGGUCCGUGAUGUAAAUGUCAAAGUUUCGAGCGAUGCAGGGACGAGAAAGGUGUCUGAAGCCGUCACUCCAGAGAGAGCAAGUCGUGUUCGUAAGCAUUCACAGCAAUUCUCUCCUGGCACAAAAUUAUUAGCUAUGAAAUAAUCAAGAAAAAAUAUAUUUGUCGUCGGUGAAAACGAACACGCUCGUGAAAGAGACGCGGCUAACAGACAGCAAUCCAACGAAGACACCACAGCCACUUUUUCUCUAGAGUUUCAUGAACAAAGUUGGUAAACACUUUUUUGUUCAUCCUUAAAUGUAAAUCGUGGCCUUUAAGCUCUUUUUGAAUGUAAAACUCAAGAAAUACCUCUCAAAUGCAUCCGCCGUGUUUGUUCGCAAUCAAGCUAUCAAUCAAUGAUUAUUUUAGCAUAAAUUAUCAUAUUUUUCAUUUUGAACCAAUCAGAUUUUUCGUUGUCUGGGAGAACGAGUAAAAACGGCAAAGCAUGGAGUUUCGUGCAGGCUCUCCUUUCCCUGAGAGCCGCUACGCAGGCUAAGUUAUUCAGUGAUGUCACUGAUAGAUUGUUGAACAAUGUUAUUUAGUCACGUCUUGAAUAUUUUAGUAACGAAGUUUCUCUUGGGUUAAUGCAAGAGGAAAAUUUACGAUUUAGGGCGGAAAUUUUGAAAAUUGUUACUUGUUCAAAAGCAAAUAGUGUUUCAGUUCUACAAAUACUACCUGAAGAAUAUGAAAUGUUUACCAAAAUUGACGUCAUUGCCUUUGCUACAGAUGGUAACCAUGACAUUUCAACUCGAAACGUCGAAGUUUUGUUUGUACUUUUCAGUUAGUUCCCCAACACACCACCGUUUUUCUUCAACAAAUCUUGCUAAUUUCCAUCGCAACAUCCGUGAUUCCUAAUUUGAAACACUUGUAUUUUUAGAUUCGCUACAUCAUUCAGACUCAGGGAAACGUCGGACUGUUUGAGUUGCUUGUUGUUGGCACCAAAGUGUCUCGAUUUUUUAAGAAAACAAAUUUGAAUAAGUCAACAAUGAUGUGGGAGUACAAACUAAAGGUAAGCAAUGCAAAUUGAAAGGGCCCAUUAUAGCGCCCACAUAGCUGUUGUGGUGCAUGUCCCCGUCAUUCGUUGUUAAUAUUGAUGUGUAGGUCCUGGUGUUUGUGAUUCUUCGUGUCAGCUAUGUAUGAUUCUAUUUGGCGAAGUCUAAAAAAUAAAUAAUAGAAUAAACCAGUAAUAAUUAUAAUAAUAGCUACCAGAGUUCAAUAUACAGUAACAAUCAGCCAUCUGCCAUUUCCAAGGAAAACGCAAAUACAUUAUUACCGAUCAUUUUGCCACAUUAAUUUGAAUAAUUUUCUCUCUCAUUCUUAAAAAAUGUAAAUUAUGCGAAAGUAUACUUUCCUGAAGUAUAAUUGUAUUUCUCCGAAUACCAAAGUUGAGCACAUCCACUCUGCCAGUGGCGAAGCUAGCCAUCGCACCUGGUCAUGCUAUGCUAAUAAACCUGCAUCUAAAUAGAUUAUAGACAAUACAUUUGUUUGAAUAAUGCAAAUCAUUAAACAUUUACAGAACCAUAUCGAGCGCCACUUCACGUUUACCCCAUCUCAUCUGCGGCAUAAGGCGUGCUUUAUAUUGGCAACGAUGCUAGCCUACCUUUUCCCAGACAUCAUAAUAGUGUAUUAUAUAUGAAUGAUUUCAAUAGUCUAUUCAGCCGUAACAUUGGUUCUAUUAGACCAGUUAGCUGUGAGAGAAUCUGGAACACAGCUCUUGCAUUGUUGUUUGGACAUCCUAUUUACCGGUUUUUGUUUCGUUAGGAAUCAUUGGAGUAUGAAAAAGAGACCAAAAUUAAAUCUCAAGAGGCCAGAAAAUACAUCUUCAAGAAUCUGAACGAUAUUGCCGACGUGAAGUUUCCUAGUGGUUUAUCUGGUAUUGAUAAAAGAGCAGAGAAAGUUGACAGGUACGUAUCUUGUUUUCUAGGGUACUGUAAUCCUCGGAAUUGCCCCCUGAAAAUGAAGUUAUCGACGACAAUUUUUUGUCAAUGGUUAUUGGUUAUUGGUUUUGUCAAUGACAAUGGGUAUUAAAGGAGGACUGUCAUCUAUUAUGCCAACCGUAAUUGGAAUUACUAUAUAAGAGCUUAUAAAUUAUUUGGAUAGUAAUUCGAUAACGAGAGCUUUAGUCUCAACGCAGUUAAUUAUUUUCAGAGCUGGCGCAGGCACUGGCCAAUGUGAAAGAGUUCUAAAUGGCAAAUGAGGAAAUGAAGUUGACUGCUAGCAAGAGAUCUUUAGGCAACCAGUGACAAAUGUCACCCAAAAUAGUACAUUUAAUAGUAGUUUAUGUAUUUUGAAAUUACGCUAUCCAGUUGUCAUUUUUUUGUGUUGUUUGUACAUUGCUUGUACAUAUACGAAGAGUUUUGAAAAGUCUGAAAGAUCGUCAGUAAUACCUAAAACUUAGAAGCAGUAUCUACUAAAUAACUAAAUUAUCAUAUAACAUCGGAAUUUUAUCCUCGAUAUCUAUGCUUGACUACAAAUCUACUAGUACUUCUAGUUGUAUCCACUUUUCCCGCCAUAUAAUUUUGCGAUAAGAAAACGUCGCCGUAAUAACAACGGCAGGUUCGUUACCAGUUCUUUGCAUCGCAGAUUGAUCAGCGCCCUUAUUAGAACGUUUUCUUCACUGUAAAUUUCAACGAGUUGAAACAACUCCAAUGAAACACUUUUGGAGUUGAUUCAUGCAACUCCUUGAAAUUUACAGUGUUGUUCGACAUUGACGUUCCCGUUGGCAUCAUGAAAUCGCAUGGUCUGUAUAUAUCUAAUAUGCAGUGAACAGUAUACACCAGUAUAAAAGUUCUUGAAAGUGAGUUUGAUUAAUCCCGUGUAAUAUUCGGACAUUCUAAGAAUAAAUGUGAUAUCUUUUAUAGCGUCAUCGACUUUUUCAUUGUCAAGUUACCGGAUAUGAUCUAAGUCCAAAUGCGCCUAAAAUAAAAUUGGGCGUAUACAUGAGCAGUACAAAAGAAAUCAUAUUUAACUGAACACACUUUUUUUUUGCGUUUGUAGGAACGAGUUUGUGAAACUGUUGAAACAACUGUUGUCAAUUGAUCCUGAAAAACGGAUCACCCCAGAUGCGGCUUUGAGUCAUCCAUUUAUUACCCUUACUCACUUGGCCGAGUACAGUAACAGUGAAGUGUUAGUAAUAUUUUUUAUUUUUCACUUAUGUAGUAGAAUUGAAGAUCAUGCCCGUAUAAAUACUAUUUUUGCAUGUAACAAUAAUUUGCAGCCAACAAUAAUUAAUUUGCAGUUAGGCCUGCGAACGAAUUGAGUAGGUUCGGGGCCGCGUGACGAGACGGCGAGCGAGCUACGGCGAGGAAUUGGGACUGGGGGAAAUUUUAAGCAGUUAGACUGCAGAUGACUCGAAAGGCAAUUUUUUCAUUUUUAAUCGGAGUUUAAUUUUAAUUCAACUCCGAGUCUGAGAUUUGAGAAAUAAAAUCUUUCAAAAAAUAUACUCAAAAUAUACAACGUAGGAAUGCAAAUCAAGAUACAGUAACUGACAACGUGCAUGCGUGUUCCGAAAACAGGAGCAGAGAGUUAAAUAUCAAUUGAACACACUCGCAUAAAGUUUGUCACGGCAUCCAUCUCUGAAAUUGGUGUCUUGAAAUACGACAUCUAAUGUAAGAAUUGCAAAAACAUACUGGGAAAAAUUGAAAUUCUCAAACAAUAUUUCCUACUGUACUUCUGACCCAUGUUUGCAGUUAGCUCAAGUCACUUGCAGGUACUAUACAGUAGCGGGGUUAUCGUGAUCCGAACAUGUUUCAGAUAUUUAAAGUGCAUUUUGGCAUGCACUACAUUAUCUUAAAAAAAUAAUAUAAUUUUACGCCCGCAAUUUUGCUUCGCACGAAUUAUGUGGAUUCCGUCGGCCUCAUUAUGAAAAUAGGUUUAAUGAGUUACCAUUACGAUAUGAUUAGGAGUUUGACGGAUGGAAUCUAAUGAAAACCAAACCGUUCAAUGGGACAAAACAGUGUAUAUAGUACAAUCUGUACAAAAAUCCAAGGCUGGACCAUGAAAGGCGAAUCUUAAGUUAAUUACUUCAAUCGAAUUGUAGUCGACUUGUUUCAGUCUUCUAAACUGUAAUGUAGUUUUGAAGAUUGACAGAUGUGUCACAUUUACCGUCAUUCUAAUAUGAGUUAAGAAAGAAUUCCAUUACAGCUAGCAUUUGUUUGUGUUUUCAGAUUCAAUUCAGCUGUUCGAAAAAUGGAGGCUUGUCGUCGCAACGUUGGAUGUGCGGAGCAGAAAUCCAACACGUUAGUGGAGAAUACAUACAGUCGUGUGCCUGGUAAUAAAACGAACUCGAUCUUGACAAUUCCAACGUCUUUCAGAGAUAACAUGAUGAAUCCUGGAAUUUCAGAGACAUCGUACAUCCCUCAGCGAGUGGUAUCUGGAGCACCUCCACAUUUCACUAUGGUAUGAAUUAUAGUGUUUAUGGGCGUCCCAAAAUAGACUUGGAAUUUGAUUAGAUCAUAGACAGUCAACUUGUAACGCCAUGGAUUUGCAUGUUGGUAUCCAUUAUACAGUCCUGAUACGUGCUGAUACACGCACAUUUAUUGAUAGUUUCAUACUAUACCGAAACGAAAACUAAUAUAACAUAACGAGUCGCGAGUUAUAUAUGCAUAGAUUUAUAUCUGACUAGAUGUUGACUGAUAGUUUGGUGUAAUAUCAGCAACAAAAUUGAACAGGUUUUCUUGAAUGUCAAAUAGUGACGUACAGUAGACAUAUUUGCAGACAUGCAGUAUUGUUUAGAGUUUCAUUUAAAAAGUGUGAAACAUUCGUCUCAAGAAACAGAGUUAGUUUUCGUAUCACGAAUGUGACGAAUGACGACAGCUUUUUGCAUUGGCGUUUCCAGUCCAUUCCUGUAGAUUGUCAAUGCUAAGAUGAAGCGCAAACAGCUGUUGCACUGAAAUUAAGCUAUUGUUUUCAGAGAGAGUUGGUACCAUAAAACUGGUUAAACUGCCUACAGUAUCUAAUGUUCAUGUAACGUUUCUUUUCCCGUAUUUACUCCUAUAAUAUUUUGGCACACAUUCCACCCGCCAUUUUCGUAGACUCGUGCAUGCGCUUGCCGUUUGACCGCGGUAUUAGCUGCGGCUGCGGCAUGUUCAGCAUGCAUCCUAUAUAACCUCCGCUAUCUAGUAAUACUGUAACAAUACCAUGGUUUUGAGUGCAUUUUGGAAAAAAGUGCUUUCACAACUAUCAAAAUUGCACGAGUCCAAAGGACGAGACUUUGGAAAACUUACGAGUGUUUGUUUUUCCAAAUUGGGCAAGAAAAUAUGCUAUUAUUUAUUUAGAAAUAUAUACAUGAAAAAAAUCUGCAGAGGCAAUUAAUAGUCACUUGCAUGCAUGAAAACACAUGCGAAAUAAAUAAUUUACUCAUACUCACUCGCUCACAAAUGAUACAAAAACUUAAACAAGCUUUCGACUGUCAUGAGUCGAAAGUUUUGUUUUGGCGCUUGUCACUUAUUUUUUUUGGCACUGUAUUACCAGAAAUAUUAUCAAUUUAUGGGCAUCUAAAUGAUUCGUUUUGCGUCGGGAUAAAAAGGCUACCAUGCAUGUACAGCUGUGAUUGAAAGAUUUAAAAUUUGGAUAGCAUUGUAGGUACAAAAAACACUAAUGUCUGACUUUUUAGGGAAAACCGCUUGUCGUGAAUAUCCCUCAUGCACCAACAAUUCAGCAAACCAAUGUUGCAGCAAAUGCCGUUCCUGUUGCUAUGCCAACAUCACAUCGCCCGAUGUACAUGAAGGUAAAACAUAUAAUAAUAAACACUGGGGUAAAACACUGCAUGAAUGCAAUGUAGAUUGUGUUCAACCAAACUCACAAGAAUUCAAAGACUUCGACCUGUUGUAUUAAAUUAGUAUUGAAAACAUGCAGCAAACCUUUUAAUUGUGGUGAUUGUACUAAGUUGAUAUUACGCUGCAUGGGUAAACUUGUGUGCUUGACCCCUGUGAGAAUCAAACCUAGCUGUGACCCGCUUUCGUUUGUUUACAAGCAGCGAAAAUCGCUCUACUUUCAACCUCUGGAUUUCUUCUCCAUUUUUAUUCGGUACAAAAUUAUAACAAAAGGAAUGAAAGCGAUUAUAAAUCUCUAAUGAAUAAUGAUAAUGUAAAGAUAAACAUUUCUGCAGAUAUUUCAUAUUGAAAAUGUAUACAGUAUAGCGUGCAACUACAAGGCGCUCAAACAAAGGUUGCAAUUUUGAUUUUUUUUCACUUGAAUAACAAUCCGCGCAAAUAAAACAGCCUCCUAUAUAUGUACUAAUUGUGGUGCACGGUCGAUGAAAAAAAUGGCUGUGUUUCUGUGUUUCAUUGUGCUUUAAGACAGGUAACUAUAAGCGUAUAAUAUGUAUAGAAUACAAAUAGCCAAGUGAGUCGGUGUUGUGUUUUAGGCGCGGGUAGUAUAGGAAAAUGGAGACCUUUUUAUCUCGUGCGAUAUUCUGGACAGGCAAUUAAGGAACAUGCGUAUCCUUCAACUAUGGUCAAAUUUCAUUUAUAGAGGUUUUUCGUAGUUGAGUCAGCCGCACUAAAUGGCUAUAAACUUAUAGUAGCUUUUCGAAUUUGUUUUGCAGGUAUUCUCUUAACUCUUAAUUAAUCAUUUGUCUUUGAAAAUAGAAACAACGAAACGUCAAGCCUUUCAUGUGUAUAUAUAUGCUCACCAGCGUAUUUUUCUCGGAUUUUAUUACUUAUAGUUCGUCCCAUGGCAAAAUGUUUCUGGACACAGCAGUCAACAAGCACCUACACAUGCUGAAUCAUGGAGGUAGGCAAGGCAGAAAGUGAUUUUAAUUCAUCAGAAAGUUCGAUGCCAAAUAAUAAAGUUUAAUAUCAGAUAUAUUCAGUAUAUCUUGAAAACGCAUGCAUCCAAACGAAAGAUAACUUUUGUACUUUAGGAGUACAAUAUUCGUCAUUUGCUAAUAAUCCCCAUCAUCUUAUUACCACCUGCGCACGCCAUAAUCACGUAGUAGAGACUCGUAAAGCGUCGGUACUUGAUGGCGAAAAGAGAUGGCUUGUCUCGUAGUCGUAUGUCUAGACAAAUCUAUAAAGCUCUUUAUCAACAACAACGGCAACAACAACAACAGUUACAAAAAUAACAUUUUCAUUUGUUUCCAAAUCCGGAAAAAGUCCGGCGCACCGCUGCCAGGAAAUCUUUUCAACACAAUCUACCAAAAUCUUCUUACCUCCUGCGGGGAUUUUCAGCCGAUUUAUGGUUUGAGGCAUGGUAUGCUUCACUGCAAUCACAGGGUUGCAUGUUCGAUUCCUGGCAGGAGCUAUAUAUAGUUGCAUUUUUCGCAGCUGUUCCUGGUUAGGUCUAAUAAAUGUAUAUAAAUUUCUACUCAAUAGUUUCCAUCUACAAGACUCUUCAACUAUUAUUCAAUCGAUCGAGUGAGAUGCCAACAAAAUCUUGAUAUUUCCCCUAGUAUAUGGUAUUACCCUAGUAUAUACACAUAUAUAUGAACUUGUUAGAGUUCGACAACUGGACUUUGUAACUCAGUUGGUUAGAGCUCGACAACUGGCCUCUGUAGCUCAGGGGCCGGUUGUACGAAAGGUGGAUAAGUUAUCCAGUGGAUAAGUCCUAUCCAAUGGAUAAAUCUCCUAUCCAAUGGAUAGCUAUCUGCCGAAUAAAAAUGCGUUGUACGAAGCACGGAUAGCAGGGUGGAUAGCUAUCCGUCGGAUAACCUUAAUUUUAACUGGAGAAAACUGGAUUUUCCUGAAAUUUCUUGUCUUUACGUCAGCUGUUGCUAGGUAUUUGUAUUAAAACUUUUUUUGUAGCAUCUUCGUAUAAUUUGUGAAUUCCACUAACCUUUGAAGUAUCAACUUGCAAUAAAGGUUUUUUGUUCAUGUUUAUAUUUUGGAGUUUUUCUCGUCCAAUCGUUGCAAUACUUCGUUUUCCCUCAGUGAAGAGUUUGCUAUCUACUUAUCGAUAUUUCUUUAAAAGAUUUUUGGCUUCUUUAUGCGAAGGCAAUAGCAAAGACUGCGAGUUUUGUUUUCUUGUUUCAGUAUGUUGAUUCAGUUAUAUUAUACUGUCCGAAUAUUUGUUCUUUGACCUUUCACGUCAUUCAAAACAAUUUUAAGAACAUUUUCUCGCAAGAUUUGAUUGGCUGAUCAAGGCCAGCGAACAAAAUUUUUCGACUUUCGGUGCCUUGUUGUCUAUUUUAUAUGCAGCUAUAUUUGUUUGGCGUUGAAGGGAACUCAUUUAAUGAAAGUUUUAUUGCUUGUUUUCGAGCUAUAUAACAGAAAAAAAGAAGGGAAAAAGCCAGAAAACGUAACGUCUAAGCACUGACACAGGUCUGCAUAAAAUAUGGCAAAGUCAUGGCAUUAUUUAAUGGGCAAGUGACUCAAAGUGAGCUCGGUACGUCAAGAGCAAGAGAAGUCAUAAGUAAGUUUCCAUGUUUAUUUAGUGUCAAAAAAGGGACUUCUAAACGGUAUUUGUCCAUUUCUAUCACAAUAGCAAUACUUUUUAAAUGAAAUACACAUUGUUUUGUCUUCAAACUUCGAGUUUAUCCGCCGGAUAGUGGAUUUAAACUACCUCCGGACCUCGGAUAAAUUUAUCCAACGGGUAGUGCAUUUUAUCCGUUGGAUAGCGCUAUCCAAGCUUCGUACAACGCGAUUUUCACUCCGGAUAAAAUUUAUCCGCUGGAUAGGGACUUAUCCACCGGAUAGCGAUUUAUCCACCUUUCGUACAACCGGCCCCAGUUGGUUAGAUCGCUGGACCGGAAUCGCAUGCAGGGCCGCAGGUUCGAUUCCUGCCAGGGACGUACAGUAUAUAGUUGUAUUUUUCGGAACUGUUCCUGGUUAGGUCUAAUAAAUUUAUGUAAAUUUCUACUCGAUAAUUUCCAUCUUGAAUCGAGUGAGAUGCCAAUAAUACCUCAAUAUUUACCCACAAUCUUUAUGUUAGGCUAUUAUUUUUACCGAAAUUCGAGAACAAUAUAAAAAUGGUCUAUAUGUAUAGUCUCCGUUGUAUUGUUCUCGCGUGUGUGGAAAUCCUCAUUCACAUCCGUUUACGAAAUCUUGUAUAAAAGUAUACCAAGUAGUAGUACAUUGAUAUUAAACUACUCUAGGAUGACGUCACACCAAAACUAAUUACAACUAUUUAACGAUGCCAAUUCAGGGGAACGAGAGUGGUGUGCCCACAGAUCGUACCCGUACGUACUGGUUUAGGGCAAAAUUCGUGAUUUUGUAACAAAAUAGGAAAAAGCCAAAUUUUCUCCUUAAGACUGUAAAACCUCUGGUCGAAAGCCUUCAAAAGAGCGUAUUCCUGAAUGAUUCCUGUUAGUUCUACUGCCCAUUGUAUAGUCAAAGUAUUUUUUAUAUGAAAAUUUACGCUGAUGCCAAAACAGGUCCACCGUCUAAUAUUUGUCUGUAAUAUUGACCCAAUAUAGGUGCUUCUGAGGUUUGUUAAAAGAGUUGACUCCAUUUAAUUCGCUUAUCAAUUCCAAACGGUGGAAAAGUGCGAUUUCGAUUGGCAAUUUCUAUUUUAUUCGUAUUUGGUCAUUUUCCUUUAUCAUGAUGCAGGUCCUCGUUACUAGGUAUUUCCUCGUGAAAUUUCCAUCUUCGGAAAGCCCUUCAAUAUUUGAACAAUAUUUCAACUACAACUGUGGAGCCUUUAAAUUAAACUUUACCAUUGAGUUAAAUUAAUAUUUUUUAGGAGUCAGACGAAAUGUGUAUCGAAUGAUAAUGGCUAUAUAUCUGGUGACACCAGUCCGUUUUAUCCUGUGGUAUGUCCAACUUUAUCUAACAAUCCUUAAAUUUAGCGACCGGUCAUUAUUUAUGGCAGGGGUGGCACUGAAGAGAAAUGUUCUUCUUGAUAAAAAUGUUGCUGAACCGACCAUUAAAAAGUCUGUACCCUUUGUCAAAUAACAAUUAAAAAUGAAAUAAGUACCCACCCCUGGCCAAAAACUUUACAAAAGGAAAUCAUUCAUUUGUCACACAUGUCCUUUACCACUUCUGUGACAUGAAAAGAACUGUUUGUGCAAUUUUCGGCAGUCUAAAGUUUCAUGUUGUCUUGCACAUGGUCUUUUUUUGGAGACACCAUUUGCCUCCUGACAAAUUGGAAAAUGAUCAAGAUAAUGACUAUGAUUGAUUCACAUGCAUAUUGCAUUGACACAUGACUGUUGACAUUGUUUUUUAGUCUUCAAUAUUUGAGCGAGUCAUGCUUUGGAACCAACUCUUGGGUUGUUUAAUUUUUCAUUUACCCAACCUUGUACUCACUCAACAUUUUGUGCACCCAACCCUUUUCUCUUCGGUGCCACCCCCUGCCAUAAAUAAUCACCGACUUCUGAGUUGUAUUUGACCGAAUAUUAAUCGUUAGUCUGCUGACCACCAUAUGUUGGAUCUGAUUAACGAAAAAGUGUUCUGCAUGAAUUUAAUUCAGGGGCGAGCGAUGGUUUAUAAAUGGUAUACUCUACGUGCAUUGGUGUACUUGUAUGAGCAAUUGUAUAAUGUUAGUACAGAAUGUAGAAGACGAAUUCAGUGGUACCAAUUCAUUGGUAAAAAUCCUCGUAUAUUCGCUUGUACUGUUCCAUUGUUAAUGCUAUCAUAUGAUAGACCUUUAUCACUCUUCAUAAGACUAAGAAUGAUGAACAUUGGAAUCUUGUAAACUUAAGAUUCAAGCUAUAUUUAAACAAGAUAACAAGGAUAGGUUCAAAUAACUCGAAUCCUGAGUUUACAUGCAAAAUGGUAAUAUUUAGAGCAGGGGCGGAUCCAGUUCCCAAGCUGACUGAUGCUUAAAACCUCGCAUUUGUAGGGGGGUCCGGGGGAAAUUUUGAAAAUCUAGAACCUCGGAAAUGCGAUUUCCUGCGUUCUGAGCAAACUCUUUUGUUCCAAUUCAUACAUCAGAGUCACAAAAUUAUUUGCUGCAUUUUUGGAAAGCACGUAAAAAACUUGAACCUAUAUCGCAAAAACAACAUAAUUUCUCCAUAUAAGAAAAAAAAAUUGCUUGUACAAGUGUAAUAGCAGCAGUGGUACAUAAGUCUCCAUUCAAAAAUAGUCAGUACUGUGUUUCUUGUAGCCUUAACUUUUCUAUUGAAAAACAUUUCGGCAAAAAAUCACGACAACGCAAAUACACAUUUACGUGUAAUACACACUUGGGUGUAUACAGUGUGAUCCACUAGUUAGACAGUGUUAUUAUGUUUCUUAACCACCUUCCCUGAGGCUUAUUAAUUUCCACUAAUUUCCAAUGUUCCAUGAGUAAAAUCUUCUAGCAUUAGAAUGGUGCAUAAAGGUAUUUUGUGCUCUAGUGGGUAAACUUAUUUAUAUACAACUCUGUCUUAUGCUGCUAUAAUCUUACUCUGUGUGGACAGUGUUGUUGGCAUCAGUAUGUCAAUUUUAUUCGCCCCUAGCAAUAGAUGCCUUUGAUAUGAACUGCAUGCAUGGUGACUAGCCCACACUCUGAAUUACUGAGAAUAUUGCCCUGUGACCAGGAAACCAGUAAACUAAUGCACAACAAGCACUGAGUUUUAAAAUUCUAUAAGUAUAACUAGGUACACAUGACCCCAAACUUUAAAUCAAUAGAUAUAUAGUGAUACUGUGUGUAAAUUGAUUUAAUGAACUACUGUAUCUUAGUUGAAAAUUGUUUGUCAAAUGAACCUACCAAACUGUACAAUGAUAAACAAUAUAUCAUGACAUAAUUGGAAUCAUCAGAUGUCUUCUAUCAAUCCCCUUUUGCCUGCCUUUCAACUAAUAUAUUAAUUAAUAUAGUACUCUUUUAAGAUGAUGUCAAUGUAGAAAGGCUGCACAGUAGUAGUAUUGAUCAAUAUUUUCCCUGUGUUAUUAUAUAAAUGCACAUCUUUGUCAAAUAUAUCCAUACACUUAUCAAUGGUAAUCCUCAGGGUGCUAUGCUGGCUAUCCAAAACAUAGUAUUGGGAGAAUUAGCACUACAAAUAUAUAUAAUUUAAUUAAAUCUAUACCACUUUUGUGAGCAAAUUUCAUAAUUAUAACCUAUAUACACCAGUUACAGUUAUAUACAGUAUUUAUACCGUCCAUCAUUUUUAUAAUCAUUCUAAGAUUAAAAUUUGUCAAGAGAAUGACAUAUACAGCUUAUAUCAAAUUAUAUUUGCACCGACAAAGCAUAUGUACUCAACUAUGGUAGGCGAGCAAACCCAGGUAAUGAUCUUUGUUUGCAAAAUAUCCAGUGUACAGUAAUUGCCCAAUAACUCAGGCAAUGCAAAGCAAUUAGACUCUUGUCAUGAGGCAUGCCAGCUCAUUUCCAUAUAAAAUGAAAAUGAAAUGUAAUAGGAGAUACCACUGGAACUUGCAACUUGAACCAAUUACCUUUCAUGUAAACUCCCCGUUAGUUUUUUAACCAAUAUUGCAUCACUAUUAGAAAUCUCAUUAAUUAACCUGCAAUAUUAUUAUGCAUUGUAAUUACAUACAGAGCCUGAUGCAAGUCUUGACCCACACCAAAGUUUUAUUUUUAGUACCGGUAUCCAAUCAAAAUGUGCCAGGCGAAAUGUCAAAUUAUUUCACAUAAUUUAACAACAAGCUAAAUAUAGUUACAAUCACUAGCUAUUUAAUCUAUAAUUAUUUAAUUAUAUAUACAGUAGCACUAACCAAAAUAUAAAAAAAAUCAUUAAAUAUGGCAUGAAUACUCAUGGUAGAAGUAGCGAAUCAGAGUUAGAACCAUAAAGGCAGUUGUAGGACACAAACGUUUAAUAACAUAUGUGAUUUAUCAGGUCUUCAUUUUUCUUUGCCCGCCAGCUGUGAAAAAAAUGAAGGUCUGGGCACAGGUUAUAAUCCCAUGUAAACAGAGAUGAAAUUUGCUUCAGUAAAGCAAGUUGUCAAGUUCGGUAUUGGGGCUGGUUUGCCUCCAGACAAGCAAACCUCUGUAUAAAGACUGUAAAAUGUCUAAAAUGUCAAACUACCUCAUCCCCCCCACCCAACCCUCCCCCCUCCUGGUAUGAACAGCAGUAUUAAAUAGACACAAACUUUAAUUAUUAUGUUAAUACAUACAAAUCUACAUUUACUGUGGAGCCAAUUUUCCACUUUAUACACUUCUUGAACUGAACAAUAUACUACAAUGUAAAAUAUAGAUAAAUUCCACUUACUUUAGAGCCCAAGUGGGCAGCUCACAUUCUCACAGUAUAAAUAUACUUCAAUUCUUGUACUCAGUUGAAAGAUUAAAUUCAUUCCAAACCUUGGUAAUUAAUUCGACUGUAAAUUAUUUGCUUGCCAUCAAUUUCGAGGGAUAUUUCUUCGCAUUAUUUGCAUUUGCAUACAGUGUUUGCAUAUCCUUGCCGCCAUGACUUGAAUCGAAUGCCUCGUUACGUCACAGUAGAUUUUGAUUUGCAAUUUGAUUUUGAUUUGCAAUUGCAGCGGACUAAUCUACCGUGACGUAGGGCUCUAAAACAAUAGAUUUGAUGAUGUCACAGUAGAUUUCACGCGGAAAAGGACUCGGGACCGAUGCAUUCACUGAUGCAAAAUGGCUGAAAAUCGAUGCAAAUAAAAUCUACCGUGACGUAGGUGAUGCAUCAGCUUUCUACUGUGACGUCAAAGAAUGCGGUAAAAAUAACAUAUUUUGUCGCGUAAUUAUUGACGCUUAAGUGUCGCAAAAUAAAAAGUAAAUAACAGAAAAUACACAUUUGCGAUCGCACGUCGCAUAUUGGACUUAUUUUGACAAUUUCGACUGUUAUUGAGACUAUUUAAAUUGGAUUUCAUCCUAAAUAGUGUAUUCCUGACAUGGACAGUCACAUGGAGUCAAGUUUAAGCAAAUAUUUGCGGUUUGAUAUACUGUAUCAAGCAUAAUAUAUCCAUAUAUUAUUUCAAGCAACAUGACUGUUUCUCAAUUUUGACCGAUGCAUUCGCAUCGUUGGCAUCGGUCUGGAUCCGCCCCUGAUUUAGAGUGUGUUUCAUCUUAUAUUUUGCGGGAUUGUCUGCUGGUAAAAGAUUUUGGACUUUUUGAGUAGAUUUAAAAUUCGAUGUUAGCACUCUACGCAGAAAUAAAAAGAGCCGAUUAAAAUUAGUAAGUACAUGCAUAAAAUAGCGCUACUGCACUCUUAAAAAUAGGUGUGUUGCAAAACACACAAAAAUGUGUUAUAUAGCACGUUAAGUGUGUUAUAGAACACAUUCUACUCAUACAAUUUCGACAUAACACACCUUUGUGAGUUAAAUAACACACACAUGUGAGUUAUAUAACACACAAUUACAGUGCAUAACACACUGCGAUGGAGGUGAAUGUGUUACAUAACACACUUUCAGAAAAACACACCUUUUCUAUCGUGUUAGUUAGCACACCCUUCCUAUGAAAACUGUGUUAAUUAACCCGAGUUUAAAGAUAAACACACUUUAAUAGAAAAACACACCGCACAGAAUAAACACACUUAACCAACAAACACACCUUUCCAAAACACACAUUAUAAACUAACACACUUUUAUAAAACACGCUUUAUAGUAGCAAGCCUGAACGCAGGCUAUAGGGUCGCCCGAUUACAGGAGUAUCGGCAAAUUAAUUCCCGAAUUGGUAAACACGUUUAGAGAUCGGUUGUUAACUUUGUUUACAUUUUGAACUGCAAUAUUUGUGGAAAUAUGACGUACUAACUGAAUAACUAUCACUUUUCUGGUUCGCAAUUGUAAAAGAAUAUAAUCUAGAGUACGUUUCAAUUCAAUAAAGUUCCAAUCAAAGUUAAGAUGCAAAAAUUAUUGGGGAAUUUUUAUAUUGUGGAGUCCUUUUGUUAUGAGCAGAACUGACGCGCAGAACGGACUUGGUCAUUAAUACAGAAACAACGGAAUAUUAUUUACUGGCUGAUUAACCAUUUCACAAAGCGAACAUUUGAAUUUCACAAUUGUCAAUUGGACUUAAUAACAGAAUUUUCCAUGUGUGUUAUUAUCAUGUCAUCAUACAGAUUCGAAAGUUUAUAAGAAGCACAAGCAAUCUCAAAGUUGAACCUCGAAAUAUUGCGUGGGGAAUUUUUGUCAUUUUUAAGUCUAUACUGUAUUUUUAACCUGUCUUGAGAGUAUGCAGAUGCAUGCAUGUGCAGACUGAAAAGGUGUGCUGGGAAUUUACUAUAGAGUGUGCUGCAAGUAAAACCUCCAAAUUUCUUAUAUUUACUAACUUUGACCUGCUCUUUUAAUUUCUGCUAUUUAUAGUCAGAGCUAGUGCUAACAUCAAAUUUUAAAGUUGACUCUAUUACGUAUGUAUUUAUCACCUCGCAUGAUUUUCAACCGAAGCGUAGUGCUAAUAUCUCGUUUUAUUUUCUACCCAUUAGGACGCCAACGGCAUUAAACUGCACGGAAAGCGAGAUGAGGUAAGAAUAAUAACAUAAAGCACAAUCGAAUACAUAGUCUUACCUACUGUAGGACAUUUUUGUCCGUUUUUAAAAGAUUGAAGUCGAGCCUAUACGCUCCAUGCAGUAGUUGUGCAAACUGUCAAAUAUUGGGUGAAGACCAGCCUAGACCAAAUUUUAGCUGUUUUUUGAGGGCAUCUUAUAUUUUGAGGCUAAUAGCCUCAAUUACGUCAUUGCGAAAUAGGCAUAAUCAAUUUCCAAUUCCCAAGUAGUGAAUUUCUCCAAAGUCAAAAUAACCCCGUAAUUGUUCGACCUCAAAGUAGUUUUUAUGAUUUUAUCGCCCUUUAACUACUAUAUUAAUGAUAAAAAACAUUUACUAUCUUAUAAGUUGCAGACAUCUUGGGUUUUAGCUGACAAUUUUGUAUACUUAUUUUCUCAAGAUAAUUUUUAUUUUUGAAUAUAACAAUUAUAAAUACGCACAGACAAUAUUAGUGUUGCUUUAAAUGUUACGUUCAAUAAACCGAUUCUAAACAUGUGCAAAUAUAAAAAAACCCGAUUAUACUAGAACUGAGUUCAUUUUACCCAGCUUUUAAACACGCUGGUAAAUAGCUAAACAUUCACUAGAACGCUAGAAUUGGCCAUAUCCAAGUUGGGCCGCUUCGGGGCCGUUUUGAGCAUUUGUCGCUUCCACCUAACUCCGUCUCGCCUCCAGCUACAGUAGAUCGCCUAGGUCUCAGUGAUCUUAUGUGAAAAAUCGCUGAGAAUAGGUCUAGGCUGGGUGAAGCCAAAAGUAUUAUGUAUAAAACACGCGUGUAGUUCGCGCUUUGCAUUUUUCCUAUACUAAAUUUUCGGAGAAGGGCCUGGAGUAUACCUACAAAGGCGGCCCCCAUGGUCCAUUAUUUUGCCUUUGAAACGUGAACCGGAGUUACAAAGAGUUCAAUGUGUACAACUAGGACGAGAUUUUAUAUAAAAAUGCGAAAAAUGUUAUCUGGUUUAAAACUACUCCGUGCGACAUUUCAUUCGUGAGUUGAUCGACAAUAAAUUAUUGAUAGAAUUUGGAAUUUGUUCUUCACGAUGGAUAACUUCGUAAUUUUGUUUCAUCUAGUACGACCAGCGUGGUGGAAGUAUGUUUGCGACAAGUUUAAGUUCGUCUAUUUGGAACCCAAAGACGUACAGACCAUCCGCGCCUGCUUGGAAAUAUCCCACCGGUGCAACAAGGACACACCUCGAUAAUCAAGAAUACGAGUUACCGACCUUUUGUUUGUCGUCGCCUGGUCGGAGACCGCCGGUGACCGAUAUGAGAUUUGGUAGUCACGAUCUAGUCUGUAGCCAAGAUAUUAGCCCAAUGCUGAUGUCUCCUGACCGCUCCUUGAAAAUGGCGGGAAAACAAAAGACAGUUUGUUCACCAAUUGUUAUACCCGACAGUCCUUCGCCUAGUGUUAUUACCAUUUCAAGUUCCAGUGACCGAUCAAACUCCCUUGAUAUAACAGGUAAAUAUAGAUAUAGAUAGAUAUAGGUAAAUAUAACGAGUGGGUCACUUUUGUUUUUCCCACAUGAUGUCAUGCUAUAUCCAACAGACAACGGCAAAAUCUUAUCUAUUUGUUUUAUAUAACAAAAAGGUACAGUAAACAGGUAAUAGUUUACUUUUUAUCCACCCAAACAUUUGGAAAUUUCAAAGAGUCAAAAUUUUACAAAGAUCACGCGUACAUGAUCAUUGAUCUAUACAAAUAAGGGAAUGCUAUUGGCUACCUUAAGUUACGUCACGUGUGACGUAAUUCCGUGCGUGUGUCCUCUAAUAGAUCAUGGCUCUCGAAUGAAAGCGCUUGGGUUCUUAACGUUAUUAUAUAAUAUACAUUAUAUAAUAUACUUCAUUGAUGAGCGGGCGAUUUACGCUCACAACGCUUGUUAAGGAUCACAGCAGACGACAGUGCAGCGAAUGAGUGUGUCUAAGGAAAUGCACAAUACAGAGGAAAUGCACAUAAAGUAUGCAAAGUCAGCAUUUUUUAGGAAGCUUUGACAUGCCGCAUCUCAAAAUAGAAAAUGAAACUGCCCACUUCAAUGAUUUUUAGUAAAAGUAAACUUGAAAAUUUAACUUUUUUGGAUGAAAGUACUUUGAAUUUACCAGGUUGUGGGAAAGAUUUCAACGAAAUGGAAUCCAUACCCAGUGUUAUUUACAACGCGUGUAUCAAUUUAUGUGUCACAUUUUGUGCUUUUAUCUUAGAACGCAUAGUUCUUAUGAAAAUUUGGACAAACCUGCCGGUCCAUUUGCAUGUAUAUCAUUUCAGUAUUUAAGUCUCUGUGUUUAUGUCAAUAUUUGUGUAUAGCUAAUGGGCCCUUUGAAAACCAGAUCUUCGGAAAGGCUGCCGCGUGUUGUAAAUAAAUAUAAAUAAUAAUAGUAAUGCAUACUUGGUAUAUUGAUUGCUACUCAUUAAAGUGUAUUGACAGAAGUAAGCUAAAACACUUACUGACCAAGGAAUUAAACUCGUGAAAAUUCGUUCUUUUCAGGUCAAAGCUCAUCCACUUUUAGCAAUGAAGGAAUUGCAGAUGACUUUUUCCAGUUACCUCGCAACAAUUUCUUACUGAAUAGUGAACGGAAUUUUCGAGGUGCAGAGGUGCCUGGUAAUUCCUGCUCAGGAUAUUGCUCUGGUCACAGUGACGAACGUGUGCCCGGACAGGGAGUGAAAGAUCGUAAAAUGGAUCGGAAAACGCAGCGGCCGCUGGAAACCUUGACCGAACAGGCUCCUAGGUACAAACAGUCUUGCACACGCGAUAUUUGGAUUAGUCCAAGGACGAGUUGUGCCCCCAAACAAGUAAGAAAUACCGAUUAUUUCAAUAUCGAUGAUACUGAUGACGAUGUCUCUAGACGGAAGUACGCUUCACCUGAAAUCUCGUUUAUGAAAGGCGAAAGAGUUUUUGACGGCAGCUCUGGCAGAUCUGUGGAUUUUGAAAAAGCGUGCAAGGUCAGGAGGACUGGAAAGUAUCACCAUCAUCCCUCGCGUGACCAGGAGACUCAAACACUGCAUGAAACUGCUUCCGCGUUUACUAAUCCAGCAGGUUCUGCACGAGCACGGGAGUUUAUUGAAAUGAGCCGUCAGAAUCAUAGUCCAGCGGUUAAAUUACAAGCAGGAAAUUCAUUUCAGUUAUUACCAACUUUCAUCCCUGUGCCUUCAGAUCCCAACGGCACAUGCUUUGUGUCGCCAACUCUUGGAUAUCCAGUGAGCGCUGCUGCACAUCCUCCGUUCGCCCAAAUGCCAUCCACGACGCACGUUCUUCACCCGGGUAAUGCUGCAAAGGAUCAUUUUGUUUACCUUCCUUCACAAAUGUAUUCCCAUGUUCCUCAUGCUGUGUCCACAGUCUAUACCUCACAAGUUCCACCUAAUGUCACUACCGUUGGUUCUCCCUCGGCUUUGCCCGUCAUACUCGCCCCAGGCCGUGUGGCGUACAAGGGACCUCACGCCCCAAUGGCGAAUUACGCAAUCCCCGGUCCUGCGUUUGUACCUCCCCCGUCCCCUGAUAUUUCCAUGAGGCACAAUCAACCUGGAGGUCAUCUAAAUGCGCAUCGGCAAUAUCUCAUGAGGCCCGGGAGUCACGUUUUACAACCUAUGUAUCAAUAGUUGUUUCAUGCGGUCCUUAGGCUUAGGAUAAACACCUAGAAAAGGUGUCUUGGGUAACACCAAGCAGUAAAGUAGAGGUAAUUAUCUAGUUUAGAAAUUUUAUUUGUAACAUAUUUGGCCGAUUGGGUUCUUCGGAUUAGCCAGUUCGGAAUUUUUGGUUAUAUCCUUGUGUUUCACGCACGAGAAGGUUAGAAUUUUUAGGGAUAGGGUUUUCAUUAGGUAGGUCUGGCAUUGGCCUACAUUUUAGGGGUGCAAACAAAGUUUGACCUACACAUGUAACAACCCUGCAGAAGACUUGUACUUAAUACUGUUUCAGAAUGUCCUCGCACUGCUUCCCAGAUUUGUUGACAACUUGUUAACGGCUUGUCGACAACUUGUUACAAGGUUGUUGACUCAACUUACUUGGCCCAAAACAUAUAGGUCCACUGUGAUUAUUGGCCUAUGUCUGACCUGCGCAAGGCUUGACCUGCGCAAGGCUGUCUGUGUAUUCACGACAUUUGGCAAACAAAUAUAAGCAAAUAAAAAAACUUAUCAAAGAACUUAUUAAAUAUAAGCAAGUUCUAAAAGACUGCAAGGACGUCUUAGCAAAAACAAUUUUACUCGCGGUAAUCCAAUUUUAGCAUGUACUCGUGCUUUAGAUAUUGUGUGUUUAUCGAUGCAAUUUUUACACAGUAACAAAAAUUGGGCCUUAAGCUGUCCAGUGAUACCUAAAAGGAAAAUAUCAUGCAAAUACGAAUCGAAAACAAAUGCCUGUCUAGAUAGCAUUUUUCCACCAUUUUGAGUGCAAAACUGUUUGAAAUAAAUGCUAUUUGGAAGGCAGAAAAGCACGCUAAAUAGGAUUGCCUUUUUUAUGCACCCUGUAUGACGAUUUUAAUUUGGAAAUUAUCUUGAAAAAGGUAUCUUCUGAUCAGACAGCUUAAGCGAAUUACCUGUUUUGUUUGUUUGUUCGUUCGCUUUAUUUCACCAGGGUGACUCCAUUCACGUAGCGAUCCAAAACAGUAUAGUACGCAUUCGCCAACCAUAAAGUAUUUUCUGUUUUGGUUCCAAAGGUGCCCCGAAUUUUGGCAGCCGCCAGUCUAUUUAUACAGAAACCAUUUUUUACUGAAUGAUAAUUGUCAUUCGAUAAACUGCCCACUAUUUAUUAUUAUAUAUACGGUAAAUUGAUGGUGUUGGGGCAUAGAAAUGUAAUGUAGAAUUUAUAGUAUAUAAAGGAAAUAUAUUGACGAAUGUAUUAUAUAGUAUGGUUUAUAGGUGGUAUAUUCAUUAUAGAAUAUGGUUUUUAUUGUAGAAUUUUAAUGUAGUUUCCGUGUUUUAGAUGGACAUGUACAUGAAUUGUACUAUAUUAGAAACAGAAUUUAGAAAUUUGAUGUAUUCGCACUGCCAAAUGGUUAGUUUUAAAUAUAUGCACUAUAUAACCGUGAAUACUGUUUACCAUACAGGCCACCAAGGACACACCAGGCGUAUAGAAUUCGGCAAUCUGAUUUUCAAGAGGAAAAUAAUGUAGGACAUAGACAGAUCUUCGAAUCGUCUGGUGAAAUAACAAUUUGUCAUACAUUUUGUCCGGCUAAGACUACGUUUACACUAGAGCAAAAGUUUCCGGAUUUGUAAAAGUAUCCGGAUUCCUUGUUUUUCAAGUAUACGGAUCCGCGAGGCGUUUACGCUACACAGCCCGACACAGCGAUGGUCAAUAUAUCGUAUAUAAUUUUAACCCUCUUAGUGAUAUUAUGCGAUGUUUUGACCCUGUUUGCCGGUUGAAUUUAAUAGCAAUACAUUUGAAAAACAUACACCGGAACAAAUUGAUUCAAUUCUUUACGGAAAGCCGUUUACACGAGAGUUUUCUCCGGAUUCAAAUGUUUCCGGAUACAAAGUUUCUACUUUUUUUCCCGGAUUCAAAGUUUUCGGAUACGUCCUACAACCGAGAUGAUUUUCCACCGGAUUCGUCGCUGUAUGUCUAAACUCCUGUAUGAAUCCGAUGCCAAAACGUUUCGGUUUUGUCAUGAAUCCGGAAUCUUUCGCUCUAGUGUAAACGGGGUCUAAAUGUAUCUUGCCAUUUGAAUGAAUGGGGAAAAGAUAAAGAAUACAAUUGUGUAUGGAUUGGAAAUGAGCAUUGUUUGAAUUGUAAUUAGGCCUAUCGCAAAUUAAAGUGUUGGUCAAUUGAUGUUUUUGCAUGUCCCGAUGAUUCGGCAUGAAAAUUGCUUCGUGUGUUUUUGACCUGGUUCUAUGCCAACUAUAUAGGAGGUAAAUGAGGGUAUAAACUAUAUAUUUGAUGCUAUAUAUUAAACAGCAUGUGGUAUUGUAGAUUAGUCUUAUAAUGCUUAAAGCAUAUGUAAUAAAUAUUAUUAGGAAUACUUACGUAAAUUAAAUACUGUGUGGUUUUUAAGGGAAAUGAAAUAUAUACAGGAGAUAAGCGAUGGAA